AUGUCGGUGGAGGAAAUUGACCACCUCCUCAUGGAGAUAGACGCAUUGACAGCAGUGUCCAACCAGUCGUCCAAUAACCACGACGGAUCGUUUUGCGAUCUUCUUGCCUCGGCCUCUUUAGUGCACUCAACUAAUCAUACUGAGCGAUUGUUAGAGAUGGAAGAUGCGAGUGCUUUCCCUGAGUUUGUGGCUUCGAACUUGCAGUUAACUGAGGUCCUUUCUCCGGUACCAUAUCUGUGGCAAGAAUUCUUGGGAUGUGUUAUUCCGGGUAUUACACUCGAUGGUAAGGAUCCGGAUAACCAAGUUGCAAGACAUCUUGCGUCGAAAGCUCCUGGAAUCCCAUCACUCUAUUCGGCUCUGUUAUUCUUAUCGCACUCGGUCCAAUCAAAUUGGGUAGAAAGUUCUCAAGCCCGCAGUGAUUGGAAUGAUGUGGCUGCUACAGCAUAUAUAAUGGAACAAGAAGCCUUCUCGUACGUGAGCAAAGCAAUUCUACGGGCCUCGACCAUUCUUGUCACGCAAAACCAGCAUAUGAUAUUGCUGUCUAUACUGGUCACAUUAUGCUCGGCCUACAUUGCCCGGGACAACAUGGAGGCCCUUACUUUCUGCCUAGAAUCUGCAAUUAAAUUAGUACACACUGGGUUUACACUUGAGAUCUCUACAGACGAGACCUUUCUUUUCCUGGUCCGAUGGAUAGGGUACAUCCAUACUUUAUCCAUGCUGGGAGAGACUCCUUACCAGCUCGCUGCACCGGACUAUUUGACUAUUGCUAAAAGUGAUGAAGAUUAUAUGACCAACAACCCCAGCACGUUCUUCCGUGACGUGGAUUCAUUUCUUGGGGCCUCCCAGGCCGUGGCGGAUAUACUAUACCGUGUUGGCAUAUCCUUGCGCUCCGUUGACUCUAACGAGAGCUGUUCCCAGGAUUCGCUAGGCUGCCAUUUAGUAGAUGCUGAGCUCCGAAUCGAGCUGCUCGCCCGGAAACUGGCUCAAUUUAAGCAGGAACACGGGGCCCUCGAGUCCUCGAUUGACCUCUACAACGAAGCCCUUGUCCACACAGCCUGGCUGGUCAUUUUGAUGGGCCCGAGACAGGUAUCUUGUCACUCAACCUUGGCCCUGUCGACUAUAGGCAAAAUACUGGACUCGUGUGCAGCAGUCUCGGUCUCCGCACCCGUUGCUAAGCUCAUGCUGUUGCCCAUGUUCGUGGCCGGGUCUUGGACGCAACGGCCUGUAUAUCAGAGCUUUAUUCGUCAGCGAUUUGAAGCCCUGAGUAGUGGGCAUUGCAUUGUGAAUGUGCAUCGCACUCUAGAGGUACUCGAGGAACGUUGGGCUGCUCGACGGAGAGGAGAGUCUUCUGAAGGUGAGUUUCGCGCAGUUAUAAUUCGUUGA